AAGACAAGGUAAUAGAUGGAUGUAAAUAUUAUUCGAAUUAUUUUCCCCCUAAAUUAACAUCAUUUUUAUUGAUUCAAUGAUUUAAGGACUUGGUGUUAGUUAGUAUGGUGUCACUGGCUUUGAUAUACCGAAAAAAUAUUUUGAAAAUUUUUGAAUUUAUUGCUCAACGUAUCUGCUUCUCUUUUACAAAAUGUAGAAAGUAUUAUCUUUUUUUCAACGAUCAAGAAAUAAUGAUUGCUUGUUUCGAAAUGUGUAAAUUGUGUUCGAAUAAGAUAAUUUACCUAAACGACUAGGAGAACAGAUUUCCGUGUUACUUCUCAUGUAUCUCAGAAAUCUGAAAAUUUAACAAGAAAUCUGAAAAUUGAUUAAAGUUUCGAAAAAUCAUAAGAAAUUACUUUUUCUUAUGCGCACGGGGUACUGUCUGUGGAAUCAGGGAAGGAAUAUCGCGAUAACGUGAUCAGAAAUUGUCGAUUAGUUGUCUUGCAUUCGCUGCGUAAUUUAGUUGUCAUAAUUUGAUCUUAGCGAGAGGACCUCAGAUGGCCUUCCUUUUAAAUAACCCAGUCUUCCGACAUCUUUUGUCAGCCUACCGGAUUCCACAAUUAACACAGUCAGGAUAAGGAAACUGAGAAUUAGCGGAUUUUAUACGAGAUUUAACAUCUCCCUCGCGAAGAUUAAUUCCAUCCAUUUUCAAAUUUCGCCUAAUCAAAGACAGCUUUGACAGCAUCUUCACCAUUGGCUGAUUGCUGUUUGUCGCCACCUCUCGCUAGCACCAACACUGCAAAAAUCUAACCAUCGACAUCAAAAGGACGGAUCAAAUAUUAUCGUUUCUAUUCUUAAUUCGAAAGAUCAUAUAUUUUAAGUUAUAUAUACACGAAUGUUGAUUUCAGAUUUAAAAUUUCAAAAAGAAAAUAAAACAAAAACUAAGAUGCAGUUCUCGGAUGGACAUGGAACUAGGCCAACAUCCUUCUUUAUUGAAGACAUUCUACUCAACAAACCCAAACCAGCAUUCCGGGAGUUGCCAUCUCUACCCGUGAGACCGACAAUUGCAGAUUUUCCAGGUUAUCCCUAUUUUCCCGGAAUUUUCUACCCUCAUCAGGUUCUACAACAAACGCAAAAUUUCCUUCAUAAACACCCAGAACAUCCGUUUUUGAUGCCAACCGUUGCUGGUUUUCCGUUAGCACCUAUAUAUCAACACGACAGCCCAGGUAAACACUGCCGACGACGAAAGGCACGAACUGUCUUCAGCGACCAGCAGCUGAACGGUCUGGAGAAAAGAUUCGAAGCCCAGCGGUAUCUCUCCACACCAGAGAGAGUAGAAUUAGCCAACCAGCUUAGCCUGUCGGAAACACAGGUAAAAACCUGGUUUCAAAACAGACGAAUGAAACACAAAAAGCUACAGAAGAAAACUAGUGAAGAUGACGAAGAGACAAAUGCAGAUGAAACAAAAGACACCGAAUUUGACGAUGAAGAGUCGCGUGAAAGUUUUGCUUCUGAUGGUGUUUCAGACAAAGCGCAGUGUUCCAAACAAAGUAAAUCAGGAAACAAAAAAUCAGCAACGCCAUUCUACAAACCUUACCGUCUUGAAACGGAGGAUGAACACGAGGAUGAGAUUGACGUAGUUGACAGUGAAAGUGAGGGGGAUAUUUAAAAAAUGUGUCUUACAUAUUUGCCAUAUUAAGUUUUUGUAGUAAGAGAUUGGUGCUGAAAUAUCAUUGUUAUAUAUUAUACAUUUCAGUAGAGCACACACACACACACACACACACACACACACACACACACACACCCACACGUGUACGCACACAUUCCUUCAUUAGUACGAGGGUGGGAUUGGGAAAUUCCACCGAGGGGUCAAGAUCAAGACUUGUCUCUUCUGUUUUUUACAUUUUGCCGACAAUUUAGUGAUUUAAUGAAGUAGCUUUGUGAAAAUUCAAAAUAAUCAAAAUUCUCGUAUUGACUUAAAUGCAAAAAGUAAUUUUACAGCCAGAAAGAGCUAAUCCCAUAAUGGUGUUAUAUAUAGGGUAUGUGUGUGUGUAAAUCUACCCAUCUUGAAUCAUGUUAACGUGCUUUUUUAUGCUCUAAAAUACGUACGGGUUUAAAGAACUGGUAGCUUACAUUGGAUAUGCUUUAUACUUACAAUUUGAAACAUCUCCAAGUUUCGAAGCAAAUGCCACAUCUCUUUUAAGAUUGCGUUUAUUUGUAAGACUCUAUUACUUUCCAUGUUUAUUUAUUACUUAAAUAGUGCUGGAAGUUUUUUUUUCAAAUCCAACAUCGCAAGUGGAGAAGAGAGUAAUCUGACUUUCUGAUGUACAACUAGUCUAGAGUAAUUUUUACAAUGCAGUGCUUAUAUCUAUAUUUACUUAUUUUAAGAUUAUCUAUUUUAAGGAGUCCAUGUGCUGAAAAUCAAAUGUACAGAUUCCUUAUGAGAAAUCGAGAAUUUUGAUGACACGAAGGCCAAAUAUAAGUUUAUGAUUCGUAAAUCUGCAAACUAAUGCUUUGUGCACUUCAUUAUAUAUAUUUUGUUGUCCAUGUCUAUGAAACUUUUUAGGAUAUAUUAUUACACUGUACUUCGACAAUGCCUUUAGAUUAUGACACAACAUGCAUGUUACAAAUAGAUCUGUUUUAUAAAUGUUUAUUGUACAUAAUAUAUAUGUAUUAGAACAGAUACUCGCUAAUCAUUUCCUGUUUUGAUACUUGAAAUAUACAUUGAUAAUAAUAAUAAAUAGGACUAUCGAUGAAAAGUGGGUUUUUUUGGGUCAAAAUCAGAGACAAUUUUAAAUAAACCCUGGUUCGUGAUCCGUUGCAUGACAUAUGGGUAAUCGAAUUUAUGCAGCCGAUCUUUAUGUCAAAUACGAUUAAUUGUGGUUUCUUAAACGACUUUACGUCUCCACAGUGUUAAAUGCCCCCGGAGUACUCAUAGAAAGUUAUUUCGCUUUAGUCAAUCCUUGUGUAUUAUCGAGCUUAAAAGGAUGGUCUCCCAUCACAACUGACCCAUUAGAGUUAUCUAACAUUUGUGAGACUUUUACAGAAAAUUGAAAAGAUGACCCUAUUAGAACUGCUUAAGACCAUUGGUAAGAUUCAACAAGCUCAGAUAAAAGAUUGAAAAUGUAAUGAGAACAUAUAUCAUCACGACCCAUUUAGGGGGUUGUUGAGCUUUCACAACUGCAAUGAACAUCCCGGCAACCGUCUGUUAUAUAUGAUAUAAUUGAGUCACGUGACUGACAACUUUAGUUGUAAGAAAACUGAUAUCCUUGUGGAAGCGUAAUAAUUAUGUAUCAACAAAUUUGUGUUUAAGUAUCCAAUUAAGGUGUGCUCUUCAGGAGGCUUAAAUCCACCUCCUUCCGCUUGUUUCAAUAUUUACAACAGGCUACUUUUAAUGGAUCACUUUGGUUCGCCAUCUAUUGUCCAUGUGGAAGCAACAGGUUUAAUCCUUUCGUACCACAAGGCCGACUUCUAUUGUCCAUAAAACAACUUUUUCCAAUACAACGAGUUAAUGGAAUGGAACUUGUGACAAAAGAGUGGCGGGAAACCUUUGUGAUAGCAUAAUAUUGUGUUUCCAAAUGAGCUAAUUGCUAGUCCAGUUUCUAUAGUUGUUCAGGCCAGUUUGUUUGAUUAGGCUUCCGGCAAUCUUCACGGUAGAAUAACAUCUAUAAAUAUUGAAACACUUGGGCAUUACAAAUUAAACUUUAUCAAGAGUUUCAACACAGACACAGGAAAGAUAUUUGAAUAUGUUUCGAAAUUUUACACCUUGCUGUUUGAAAUGUGUUUUCCAUUUCUAUCCCCAAGACGAGAUUCAAUUUUAAACAAUGCGUUGAGAUUUUGGCCCCGAAUGCAUUAAAAUACAUAUCAAACAAUGUAAUUAAAAUCAUGCUUACUAGUAAUUCAUUAAUCAAUAAUGUUCUUUAAAAAUAGUUCGAUCA